ACGCACUAUAUCACCGAGUUGGAUAUUGUACUUUUUUACCGUUUAGGAGGGUGAUUGCAAUCAUUGCAUUAUCUUGUUAGUUCGACAGAUGAUUUGGCACUUUUCCAUUAAAAAAACCCAGAGAAUCGCCACUGGAGCGGAACGGUCAUCGUCUCUCCUUUAGCAGAAUCGGCACGGCUGCACUGUCCUAAUACUACACUGGUUCGUGGUGAUGGGGAGCUUGAAUGAUGAGAAACUCAGAUUUUGCAUUGACAGAGGGGGCACGUUCACUGAUGUUUAUGCUGAGAUUCCUGGACAGCCUGAAGGCCGUGUAAUGAAACUACUAUCUGUAGAUCCUUCCAACUAUGAUGAUGCUCCUGUAGAAGGAAUCAGGAGGGUGUUGGAGGAAUUUACCGGGAAGAAGAUUCCCCGCAGCUCAAAAAUCCCUACAGACAAAAUAGAAUGGAUAAGGAUGGGUACAACUGUGGCUACCAAUGCUUUGCUAGAGAGACAAGGGGAGAGGAUUGCACUCUGUGUGACUAGAGGCUUCAAAGAUUUGCUACAAAUUGGUAACCAGUCCCGUCCAAAUAUUUUUGACCUAACUGUAUCUAAACCUUCUAAUCUUUACGAGGAGGUUGUAGAGGUUGAUGAGAGGGUAGAGUUCGUCCAUGAUAAAGAUGAAUUGGAUUCAGACUGUUCUGCCUCAAUAUUUCAGGGUGUUUCAGGUGAACACGUAAGAGUUGUGAAGCCUCUAAAUGAAGGAACUCUAAAACCUUUGCUCAGAGCUCUGCUCGAAAAAGGUAUCAGUUGCUUAGCUGUUGUUUUGAUGCAUUCCUAUACUUACCCAAAGCAUGAGAUACUAGUUGAAAAACUAGCUUUGAGUUUGGGCUUCAGACAUGUAUCAUUAUCAUCAGCUCUGACUCCUAUGGUUCGCGCUGUACCCCGAGGAUUCACGGCAAGUGUUGAUGCAUACUUGACUCCAGUCAUUAAGGAAUAUUUAUGUGGGUUCAUGUCUAAGUUUGAUGGACUAGAGAAGUUAAAUGUCUUAUUUAUGCAAUCAGAUGGAGGGUUAGCACCUGAGAGAAGAUUUUCUGGCCACAAAGCGAUUUUGUCUGGUCCCGCAGGUGGUGUAGUUGGUUACUCGCAGACGCUUUUUGGAAUUGAGACAAACAAGGCCCUCAUAGGUUUUGACAUGGGCGGCACUUCUACCGAUGUUAGUAGGUAUGCAGGUAGCUAUGAACAAGUCAUUGAAACACAGAUUGCUGGCACGAUCAUUCAGGCACCUCAGCUUGACAUAAAUACUGUAGCAGCUGGUGGUGGCUCAAAGUUAAAGUUUCAGUUCGGAUGUUUUCGAGUGGGACCAGAAUCUGUAGGUGCUCACCCAGGACCAGUUUGUUAUCGGAAAGGGGGGCAGUUAUCUGUCACAGAUGCAAAUCUCAUUCUGGGGCUUAUACUUCCUGAAUACUUUCCUUCUAUUUUUGGUCCAAACGAAGACCAGCCGCUUGACAUUGAUGCUACAAGAAAAGAGUUUGUGAAACUUGCGAAGGAUAUAAACUCCUAUAGAAAGAUGCAGGACCCCUGUGCAAAAGACAUGACUGUGGAGGAGAUUGCACAGGGGUUUGUGAAUGUAGCCAAUGAAACCAUGUGUCGUCCAAUAAGGCAAUUGACUGAGAUGAAAGGACACGAGACAAGGAACCACGCUCUUGCUUGCUUUGGAGGUGCGGGACCUCAACAUGCCUGUGCCAUCGCUAGAUCAUUGGGUAUGAAUGAAAUCCUAAUUCAUAGGUUCUGUGGAAUUUUGAGUGCUUAUGGUAUGGGAAUGUCAGAUGUGGUUGAAGAGGCCCAAGAACCAUAUUCUGCUGUUUAUGGCCCUGAAUCUGUGCUUGAGGCGUCUCGCAGAGAAGCUGCUUUGCUGAAGCAGGUGAAGGACAAUCUGCAACAUCAAGGGUUCAGAGAGGAAAAUAUCACCACCGAGACGUACUUAAAUCUAAGGUAUGAGGGAACCGACACGGCAAUCAUGGUGAAAAGACCUGUUGGUGAUGAUUAUGCCCAUGAGUUUGUCAAACUAUUCAAAGGUGAAUAUGGAUUUGAACUCGUUAACAGACAUAUACUUGUAUGUGAUGUAAGGGUUCGUGGUAUUGGUGGCACUAAUAUAUUGAGGUCACGUGCAUUAGAGCCUGCCUCGUCCAUCCCUAAAGUUGAAACUCAUCACAAGGUAUAUUUUGGGGAUAAAUGGCGUGAAACUCCUUUAUUCAAGCUUGAGGGCCUGGCACAUGGCCAUGUUAUUCAGGGACCAGCCAUUGUAAUGAAUGGUAAUAGCACUGUGAUAGUAGAACCCAACAGUAAAUCAAUCAUCACCAAAUAUGGCAACAUCAGAAUAGAAAUUGAGUCAACUUCAGACUCAUUGAAAGUGGAGGGAAAGGUGGCAGAUGUUGUCCAGCUGUCAAUCUUCAACAACAGGUUUAUGGGGAUUGCUGAACAGAUGGGUCGCACCCUGCAGAGAACAUCCAUAUCCACGAAUAUCAAGGAAAGGCUAGAUUUCUCAUGUGCUCUCUUUGGGCCAGAUGGAGGCUUGGUGGCAAAUGCACCCCAUGUUCCUGUUCACUUGGGGGCAAUGUCUAGCACAAUCCGGUGGCAGUUGCAAUACUGGGGUGACAAUCUGUAUGAAGGAGAUGUUUUGGUCACCAAUCAUCCUUCCUCUGGAGGAAGCCAUCUGCCUGAUAUUACUGUCAUAACGCCUGUUUUUAACAAAGGCGAAUUGAUAUUCUUUGUAGCAAGUAGAGGGCAUCAUGCGGAGAUCGGAGGUAUUACUCCUGGAAGUAUGCCACCCUUCUCGAAAUUCAUAUGGGAGGAAGGAGCUGCAAUAAAGGCCUUCAAGCUCGUAGAGAAGGGUGUUUUUCAGGAAGAAGGAAUCACACGCCUUCUUCGUUUCCCAACUUCUGAUGGACCACUGCAUAAAAUUCCAGGAACCCGUAGGCUUCAAGACAACUUAUCAGAUCUUCAUGCACAAGUUGCUGCAAAUCAGAGAGGGAUUGCCCUUAUAAAGGAGCUUAUUGAUCAGUACGGCCUGGAGACUGUCCAAGCAUACAUGAAUCAUGUGCAGGCAAAUGCAGAAGGAGCAGUCCGUGAGAUGCUCAAAUCUGUUGCUGCUGACAUGUCAGUAUCCACUAGGGAAGGUGGAGGUUUGGUCACCAUUGAAGAGGAAGAUUACAUGGAUGAUGGAUCUACCAUAAACUUAAAACUCACUAUUGAUCCCGAAAAAGGAGAAGCUCUCUUCGAUUUUUCAGGGACCACUCCUGAAGUUUAUGGCAACUGGAAUGCUCCAGAAGCUGUGACUGCUGCAGCCGUCAUUUAUUGUGUAAGAUGUUUGGUGAAUGUUGAUAUCCCUCUUAACCAAGGGUGCUUGGCUCCUGUGAAGAUAUAUAUACCUCCAGGUUCAUUUCUCUCACCCAGUGAUGGGUCUGCUGUUGUGGGUGGUAAUGUGCUCACGUCUCAGAGAAUAACCGAUGUCAUCCUCACUGCAUUUCAGGCAUGUGCCUGUUCCCAGGGCUGCAUGAACAAUUUGACAUUCGGGGAUGAGAGUUUUGGAUAUUAUGAAACCAUUGGUGGUGGAAGCGGUGCGGGGCCCACGUGGGAAGGCACAAGCGGGGUGCAGUGUCAUAUGACCAACACCCGUAUGACGGAUCCCGAAAUUUUUGAACAGAGGUACCCUGUUGUAUUGCACAGAUUUGGGAUCAGAGAGGACAGUGGAGGCAUUGGACUACACAGAGGGGGUGAUGGGCUUAUCAGAGAAAUUGAAUUCAAAAGGCCCGUUGUUGCGAGUAUCCUUUCGGAAAGGCGUGUGCACAGUCCAAAGGGAUUGAGGGGAGGCCAAAAUGGUGCUCGGGGAUCCAAUUACCUCAUUACAAAGGAUAAUCGUACUGUGUAUCUUGGCGGGAAAAACACGGUUGAAGUUCAACCUGGACAAAUCCUUCGCAUUUUGACCCCAGGAGGUGGUGGCUGGGGUUCAAUUUAAUGGUCUACUGAGUGAAUUUUAUGGAAAUCCCAUUUAUGAUCUCUGUUUUACUUUGAAUGCCCUGAUUUGCUUAUCCAACAAGAGAGGAUAGGGAAUAUCAAAUAAUGUUGAUAUAAUAAAAAAAUGGCCUUGUACCCUUUUCCCAUGACAUUUCUUUUACUGGACUGGUGGUGAUCAAACAGUUUGAUAUGAUAAAAAUGUUACUAGGGUCGUAUUGUUACUUUUGGUUGUAGUGAAGUGGAUGGAUGUUAUUUUCUCUCUUCAAAUUAAUAGUGAAAUAUCCCGACGGCGUAGAGACUGAUUGGUUGAUGGAUAUGGAGAAACUUCCUGCACCUCCGCGGAUUGAUACUUAUGUCAAGUGUAUGAUACAAGAAGGCUGUUCUGGUUGUAACUGUAAAUUGUGUCCUUCCUUCAAACAGAGUUCUUGAAGGAGGAGUUCCUAUAUAUGAGCUCUUGGGUUUACAUUUUUCAAUAUAGUCAUCAGUGGUACUCCUCAGGAAACUCCACUAUAGAUGACAGGAAUCAUAAAAUGUUAACAAAGAUGUGAGUAACCUUCUCAUUCAAACCACAAUUCCCAUUUCCAGAAAGACGCUCUGGGUUGUCCAUAUAGUUCUAGGGUUUCAACAAAUUCAGCCAAAUCAAAGCACGAAUGACAAACUAUACAAUUCCAGUGAACACAAGCAAGCCUGUUAUGUCCUCAAAUAUAUUCCUCCCUGAUCACCUUCUCUAUUUAAAGAAAUAAAUUUGUAGCACUCUGUUAUAUUUGAUGAAGCCAUGACUCGUCUUACCACAUCUGGAAGUACUUAAAGACUGAAAGUGAUCAAUAUUAUAAAGCUACUAAUGUAGUUACACCUUUUGAGAGACAUAUUAGAGUUGAUGAAGCCAAAACUGUUCUUAUAUCAUAUCCUCACAAACAAGGCCAUGAUAAAGAGGCCAGCCCUAAACUUUUGUAGUCAACAAUAAUUUGUAUAUUUUGAUGAAUUUUUGUUUAUUAUGUAGUAUCUUAUAAUAAUAACCUAACUACUCCCUCCAUCCUUUAAAACUUUGCCAUCUUUCCUUUUUGGGACGUCCCCAAAAACUUUGCCACUUUCCCUUUUAAUCAAUUAUUUUGUGGUUUCAAUUAUUUCUCUCUUCUCUGCACAAACCUCAAUCACACAGUUUUUACUUUAUUAUUCUACGUGUCGAUCAACUUUGACAAAGUUUUAAGGGACGGAGGUAAUAUAUUUUAUGUUUUACAGGGGUUGAUGUUAGGAUUGACUGGGUGGAAAUGAUUUGAACAUGUUUCCCCAAGGAAUUGCUCCUGUAGCGAGUAGAUGAAUUUUGUAGAACUUAUUUCAAUGUUAAUUUAGAGGUUGAAAAACUAUAGAUCUUGUUAUUAUUUUGUAAACUUUGAUUACCGUCAGAAGAAAAUAAAAUUAUUAUUUCAUUUGCAAUCUU